AUGGUGGACGGUUACUCGGGCUAUUCCUUCGUCAAACGACUAAAAUCCCUCAAAACCGGCGCAAUCGUUAAAUCCUUGAAGACUUGGUUCCUGGACUGGGGAUUCCCCAAGUUUCUUAGGUCAGAUGGGGGCCCUCAAUUCAGAAGUGAGUUUGAUGCCUUUUGUACGGACAACAACAUUGUUCAUGAGACUACGUCACCAUACAAUAGUCAAUCCAACGGGAAAGCCGAAGCCACCGUCAAAAGCGCAAAGAAGUUGUUGAGAAAAUGCAGCGGCAUUUGGGAGAUCUUCAGAUCAAAGUGGAGCGAAUGGCGAAAUUUACCCGCUAUCGGCGGCCGCAGCCCUUCAGAAUUGUUGCUGGGACGAAGACAGCGAGGUAUAUUGCCAACCAUCACGAUCACGUCCUCACCGACCGAACGUAAGAAAGCUGCGACGACCCCUGGAAGGAGACCAGAGAGAAGGGAAUUGAAAAAGCUCAAGCAGGGAGACACCGUCAUCAUCCAAAAUCCCAUCACCAAGAGAUGGAACGACGAGGGAAUCGUUAAAUCAAUAAGGAAUAAUGGACGUUCGUACUGGAUCGAAACCAAUAACGGAUGGGUCACACUAAGAAAUCGACGAUUUUUAAGGCCUUUUAAUCCAAAUUUACCGGAACAUAACAAGGACAAGCAGGUCGCAAAGGAUCCGGAAAUUCCAAAACCACGGAGAAGUCCAAGACUCGCCACACCACGCGAUUGA